AUGCAGAUGGUCCUGACCUGCCUGCCAAAUAUUGUAGCUCGAGUUGGAGAGGUAAAACGAGUGUUGGAUUUCGGCGCCGGUCCCACAAUACACGUGGCCGCCUCUUUUCGCAACCAGGCCUCUGAGAUUUAUCUUGCCGAUUACCUCCCUCAGAACCGUAAAGAACUCUCACGAUGGUGUGAAGGACGUUCGGAUUUCGACUGGUCUGUACCGCUGAAGAUGAUCCUCACACAAGAAGGCAAUUUGUGGAAUGAUCUUGACGAAAUGAUUGCAUUGACAAGGCAGAAGGUUCGAGGGGUUUACCAUUGCGAUUGUUUUGCCAAACCAUCCGUCGAUGUACCAGCAGAGCUACAAGGGAAUUUUGAUGUAGUUGUCACAAUAUUCUGUGUGGAGUACUGCUGUAAAAACUAUGAUGAAUACAAAAAUGCCAUCAAAAAUAUAGCGGAUCAGAUAAGACCAGGAGGGUUCCUCGUCAUGGGUGGUAUCCUUGAGGAGACGUGGUGUGCUUUCGGUGGGCGAGUGUGUUCACUUGCCUAUACAUAA